CCCCCAAGGUUGGCUUCUAACUAGUUCAUUUAUGCAAUAAAAUUUAUUGCAGGGACUAAUACUUAAUUACAGGGUACUAUUUUAUAAAGCUUGAAUGGACUAAAUAAAUAUAGUUGGGGAUCUUUAUGUAAUAAAUCUUUCCUAUAGGGAUCAAAUACAAAUUACAGAAGGCUCUUUCGUGCAAUAAUAUACUAUCAAGGGCUUAACUGUAAAAUUUUAUUUAUUGGCCAAACGGGUUCGGAUUUCGGGUUCUGGGUUUCAAGUUUCGGAUUCCGGAUUUCGAAUUUCGAGUCUGAACUGGAUUUCGGAUUUCGGAUUCUGGGUUUCGGAUUUUGGGUUUCGGGUUUUGGGUUCGGGUUUCAGGUUCGAGUUCGGGUUCGGGCUCCGGGUUCAAAGUUGAACUGGGUUUCGGGUCGGAUUUUGGAUCUGAACUGGAUUGUGGAUUUCGGGUUUCAGGUCUGAACUGGGUUUCGGAUUUAUUUUUUUUUGUUUCGGGUUCAGAUCUGAACUGGGCCCAAGUUGGGCCCACAAAGGUACUGCCCAACUAGGCCCAACCGGACUGGACUGGGCCCAAGUUGGGCCUGCAAUGGAACAGGGCCCAACAGCCCAUCAUUCUGCUCACGGCCCACAGUGGGCCUCCUUCAUCCCGAUUCAUCAAAGAACAGGGGAAGAAGAGAACAAGGAGGAAGGAGCAGGGAGCCGCCGAGUUGGCCGGCGUGGGUUGCGGAGGCUGACGCCCAGUCGACGGCCACCGAUCGCAGUGGCGAUCGGCGGCUGCUGCGGCGACCGGCGUGAAGCAGCAACCGAGAUGAUCUUGGUUUGUGGGGUCAAAACAGAGGGGAAAAUCAAGGUUAAAUGGCAACGGAACGAAGACAAGGAGGAGGGAAGCUCACCGGCGGUCGACGGAGGUGGCGGAUCUCGGCCGUGGCUGUUCGAUCCGGCGGUUAAGCGGCGGCGGCGGCACUCGAAACCGAAAGGAUGGACCUCGGAACAGGUGAUGGUCGUGAGGGGGAUCCGGACGGCGCUCGGUCGGGAAGGCGCGCCGGUCACCAAGGAGAGGAGGAGGGAAGGAGGGAAGAGGAGGAGGAUCUCGGAGGUGCCCUAGGGAGGAGGGCUUGGGGGGUUUUUAUCACCCCCCUCGUGAUGGCUCUCCGCCGCGAAGAUCGCGGCGGCCAAGCGAAAUCUGCGGCCGCAGUUCGGCCGUGGAUUAGCUGGAGGGGGGGGGUGCCGCGGGACUUGCAGCAUCCUUGCCCCGAUCGUCCCCGGAAGAGCCGGAGAGAAUCGCAAUCGCGAUCCUCUGUUCCGGUCUUCCCAAAAGAAGGAACGGGAUUGAAGUCGGCAGGGGCUGCCGACUUCAGCCCGUGUCUCACAAUAACACGGUAGCAAGAUUAUUCGGUACAUUGUGACAUCUCAUAGUUGAAUAAUUUUAUUUAUUGUAUAAACCUCUUGAUGAACUCUCAUUUAUUACUCAGAUCAAACUUUUUUUGGAUAGAUCAAACACCAAGAGAGAGAAUAUAAGACAGACAAGAGCUAGUCUGGUAGGACAUCUGGCCUGCCCAACAAAGGAAGUAUAGUUUAUAGUGGAAAAAUGGCAGAGGCGGCUGUACUUCUAGCAGUUCAAAAGAUCGGUGUUGCUUUGGGUGGAGAAGCACUGAGAAAAGCUAGUUCUCUGUUCUCAUUGUGGACCCAAUUACCAGGUAGUAUGAGCCGUAUCAAGAGUGAACUUUUGGUAAUACAAGCCUUCCUCUGUCAUAUAGAUACUCGAACCGAUAACAGUCAAGUCCUUGAAGCUUGGGUUCAAGAGGUACGAAAACUGGCAUAUGGUGUUGAGGACAUUAUGGAUGAGUAUAUCUAUCUCAUAGCUCAACAACAAGGGAGCGGGUUAGGAGGCUAUCUUAAAAAAAUAGUAAAGGGGUGCCAAAUUGCUGCUCGGCUGAAAGAAUUGGAAACUAAUUUGGUUCACCAUUCACAAAUGAAGGAGCGAUGGAUGAAGACAACAGAGGAAGCAAUGGGUAGUAGUUCACGUAAUGCUAGUGAAAUGCAGCAGAAUUUAGCAGUCUCUUCUCAUUUCAUGGAUGAAGAUGACCUUGUGGGGAUUGACAAAAACAAAAAAAAAAUAACUGAGUGGCUAUAUGACGAGGAUCUGGCUUGGUCUAUAAUGUCCGUGUGGGGCAUGGGGGGAUUGGGCAAAACAACCCUUGUCAACAAUGUAUAUAAAAGUGAGAGAAAAAAGUUUGAAUGUCAUGCAUGGAUAUUCGUCUCACAAACUUACGAGGUGGAUGAUCUUUUAAGAAGAAUGAUAGAGGAGCUGGAUGAAAAUGAAAAAGUAGAGAAAGUUCCGAUUGACCUCAGAGGAAUGGACUAUAGAAGGUUAGUUGAAAGAGUAAGGCUUUUUCUAGAGAAAAAAAGAUUUUUGAUCAUACUGGAUGAUGUAUGGGAUCUGAAAGCUUUCUAUGCUAUUCGCGAUGCCAUUAAUGUUGAUGACAACAAUGGAAGCAGAAUAAUCAUUACAACCCGGAUUGCUGAGGUAGCUUCACUAGCACAUGAUAGUCGAAAGCUUGAGCUGAGGGUGUUGCAAAGGACUCAGGCAUGGGAUCUAUUCUGUAAGAAGGCAUUCUGGAAAAAUAAGGAGAGGAGAUGUCCUCAAGAACUGGAGGAGUUGGGGGAGAAAAUUGUAUCAAAAUGUCAAGGGUUGCCAUUAGCUAUUGUCUCUUUAGGCAGUCUUCUAUCCCUAAGAGAGAAAACCAAGUCAGAAUGGGAGAAAAUUUAUGAUCAGCUGAGCUGGGAGUUGAAUAACAACCCAAAUUUGGACAAUGUGAAGCAUGUUCUGAAUCUUAGCUAUAACUAUUUGCCGAGAUAUCUUAAGAACUGCUUCUUGCAUUGCAGCAUGUUCCCGGAGGAUCAUGUGCUUCAGAGAAAGAGGCUUACGAGGCUAUGGAUCGCAGAGGGAUUUGUGGAGGAAAGGGGAUCAAGCACAAUGGAAGUAGUGGCAGAGGACUAUCUCAAGGAGCUAAUCCAUCGAUGCAUGCUUCAAGUUGCAAAGAAGAAUCGAUUCGGCAGAAUAAAACACUGUCGGAUGCACGAUAUUGUACGAGACUUGGCUGUACCAUUGUCUAAGAAGGAAAAUUUUAGUGUUGUACUUGAUGAUCUUCAGAUGGUGGGGAAGACGGGUGAUGAAACACGCCGCCUGUCAGUGCACAAUUACAGUAACGAAAUCCAAUCGAGCAUGGAGUUGCCAAGACUUCGCACUUUCAUGGUGUUUGACCGUUCAAUGUCCUCCUCAUCAUCAUCCUUCUCGUCGCUGUGUUCCAGCUCUAGAUAUUUGACCGUCUUAGAUCUGCAAGGCAUCUCGAUUGAGAGAGUACCAGAUGAAAUCGGGGACUUAUUCAAUCUGCGCUUUUUGGGUCUGAGGAAAACGAAGGUGAAGGUGCUACCUAAAUCCUUGGGAAGGCUUCGUAACCUACAGACGCUGGACCUCAUGCACAGUGAAAUAGAGAAACUGCCAAGCACGACAAGGAACCUCAAGAAGUUGCGUCACUUGUUUGCUGAGAAGUUUCUAGAUCCAAAUUAUAGUAAUAUAAAUAAUCGUAGAGGUGUGCAAGCUCUGAAAGGGCUGUGGAAUUUGAAAGACCUGCAAACUCUCCAAGCAGUGGAAGCAAACAUGGAAUUUGUGAAAUGGCUAGGGAACUUGACCCAACUAAGAAGCGUUCGAAUAUGGAAAGUGAGCGGCAUCCAUUGCAAAGACCUAUGCGCUUCGUUAUCAAGGUUGCGUUACCUAUCCGGCUUGUCCCUUAAUGCAAGCAACGAGAAUGAGAUUCUCCAGUUGGGAGGCUGGGAUCAUCCACCUCAGCAUCUUCUAAGGCUUUAUCUGGUGGGGCGACUGGCAGAAGGGACGAUGGAGUUGCCCUCAUUUCGUGCCCUUGGAGCUAGCCUAAGGAUAUUGCAACUGGGUUGGAGUGGGUUGGUAGAGGAUCCAAUUCAUUCCCUUUCUCAGUUGACCAACCUCGUACAACUCACACUGAUGAAGGCGUAUGACGGGCAGCGAUUGUGGUUUGGCACAGGAUGUUUCCUUAACUUGAAGAGACUCUUUUUACUCGAUAUGCCACAACUUAAUCAGGUGGAGGUAGAGGAUGGCGCCAUGCCAAGGUUGGAUUUCCUAACCCUGGAUGGCCUACCGGUGUUAAAGGAUGUUCCACGAGGCAUCGAGUAUCUCACAUCCCUCCAGACACUGUACUUGAAGGAUCUGCAUCCAGAAUUCAGAGGGAGGUUCGAAGAAAGCGACGACAAGAACAAGAUUCAGCGCAUCCUUAAUGCCUAUUAUAUUUUUAAGAGAGGAGACGAAACAAAAUAUGAAAGACUUUCAUGAUUCAUCCCUCUGCCCACGCAUCUGGGACCACGAAGAAAAUCAUUUUAGGGAGUGGAGAACAAGCUCACAAAAUUAAAAUUCUAGCAGAUAUUUUAUUAAAUUUUUCUCUUUCUAGUUAUAAUGUACUUUGCUCAUAAAGAUCUGUCUGCCGUAUAUUAUGUGUAUAAGUGCUUGUCCUAUUCUAUUAGGAUCCAUUCAAUAUGCUAAAAAUGCGGUGUCUUUAGAUGCUCAUGUAGUCAUGAUGACGUGUAAUUUUUUUUUUUUCAUUAGAUUGUUUAUGUAAUUAACUGGAAAUUACUUUUUCUUAAGAUUUUCUAUUAUUUGGUUGGGUGAGGAUAAUUGAGUUUGUUAUUUUAAUA